AUGGGCUCCUUGCGCCUUCAUGUCGAUGGGAAGUCGUUUCGUGAUACGCAGGGUCGAGAGAUUGUACUCAGGGGCAUUAAUGUGGCUGGCGACGCCAAAUACCCCAAGACGCCGGAUAUCCCAUCAUUCCAAUCAGACAAAUUUUUCGAUGCGGAUGAUGUAUCGUUCAUCGGAAGACCAUUUUCUCUCGAAGACUCGCAUUUACAUUUCAAACGGCUGCGCAAAUGGGGCUAUAACACGAUCAGGUACAUCUUCACUUGGGAAGCCAUUGAGCAUGCCGGACCAGGUAUAUAUGACGAUGAAUGGAUUGAUUUCACUAUCCAGGUCCUGAAGAUAGCCAAGAAAUAUGAGUUUUAUGUCUUCAUGGACCCUCAUCAGGAUGUGUGGUCGCGGCUAUCUGGGGGCUCCGGAGCACCCAUGUGGACGCUCUAUGCGGCUGGGUUUGAUCCUAAGAGCUUCAAGGAUACCCAAGCAGCUCUUGUUCACAAUACAUUUGACAAUCCGGCUGAGUUUCCAAAGAUGAUCUGGAGCACGAACUAUACUCGACUGGUGUGUCAAACAAUGUUCACGCUCUUUUGGGCUGGGCGAGACUUUGCGCCUAAGGCCAUAAUCGACGGCGUGAACAUCCAGGACUACCUUCAGAAUCAUUUCAUCGCUGCCUGUAGCUAUUUCGCAAAGGCAAUCCACGAAGCUGGUGAUCUCGAACAUGAUGUGGUUAUUGGUUGGGAAAGUAUGAAUGAACCACACCGCGGUUUAAUAGGGGUGCAGGAUAUCUCUGUGAUACCGCCUGAGCAACAACUACAGCUUGGAACAUCACCCACAGCUUUCCAGGCAAUUCUAACUGGUUCUGGGCGAGCCUGCGAGCAAACAACUUGGGCUUUUGGUAGUUUUGGACCCCAUCAAACAGGCAGAGAGCUUGUUGAUCCAGAGGGGGUAAAAGCAUGGUUAGACGCUGACUAUGAUGACAGCAAAUAUGGAUGGCAGCGAGACGAAGGUUGGAAGCUUGGUAAAUGCAUUUGGGCCCAGCAUGGAGUGUGGGAUCCGUCAACAGACACUCUACUACAAAAGGACUACUUUUCCAAGGUACCUACGACGGGAGAAAGGCUGGACUACGAGAAAUUCACCAACACAUAUUUCUUGGCUCACUAUCGUGCAUACAGAGAUGCGAUCCGCAAGAUCUGGCCGAGAGCUAUCAUGCUGUGUCAACCGCCGGUGAUGGAAGUCCCACCGGAUCUGAAAGGAACAAUUGAUGAUGACCCAAACAUGAUACAUGCGGUCCACUUCUAUGAUGGCCUGACCCUUAUUACAAAGCAUUGGAACCGACUCUACAAUGUCGACGUCAUCGGUGUUCUUCGAGGGAAAUACUGGGCCCCGGCCUUUGCUGUCAAACUUGGCGAAACAGCCAUUCGUAACUGUCUUCGCGAUCAACUCAAGUUCCUUCGUGACGAAAGUUUGAAAUAUAUGGGUGACCACCCGAUGGUCUUCACGGAGAUUGGUAUUCCAUACGACAUGGAUGAGAAACACGCCUAUCAAACGGGGGAUUACAGCAGUCAAACAAGUGCCAUGGACGCCAACCACUUCGCUAUUGAAGGCAGCACUAGCAAUGGAUUUACCCUUUGGGUUUAUGCAACCGAGAACAACCACGAAUGGGGAGACCAGUGGAAUGGAGAGGAUUUGUCCAUCUAUUCCAAUGAUGACCUGGAGCUCCCGACCGGAAUCGGUAGCCGGUCGCUCAACCCACAGUCACCUGCAUACUCAGAAAGUCAUUCUGGCAGUAGUGAGUCUGAGGUAGGACCACGGAAUCUCAAGGGUGCUUUAGCAUCUCCAUCGAUCUCAAGUGAGGAACCCACACAACCCAAGGGCUACCGUGCCGCGGAGGCAUUCAUUCGCCCGAGUCCAAUCUAUGUUAGUGGGACUUUGGGGAGUCACGUCUUCGACCUUCAAAAAUGCAAGUUCACCAUGUCUUUAACAGCGAAGCAAGCCACCGCAUCCGACGCCCCAACGGAGAUUUAUCUUCCCGAUUUUCAUUUCCCGGGAGCUGAGACUGUUGUUGCUGUGAGUGGAGGCAAGUGGGAAAUUGACCUUUACGAAAUCCAGAGCAUUAAGAUUCAACGUCUUCGAUGGUGGCACGCCGAAGGAGAACAGAAUAUCCAAAUUGAAGGGGUCAAACGUCAACCGGGGGAGGUCACAAAUCAAACUUGUGAGGGUAUGAGUCUGGACAAUUGCCACCGAGCUCAAUGCCUUAUUAUGUGA